UACUUCUACCCAUGGUCUCUCCACAGUAGGCAAUGAGAGUAGCAUAUUUAGCUACGUAGGUAAUGCGCUGAAUCGCGCCGUACACCUGAGCUGGAAAGGUGCGAACGUUACUCACCCUAAUGUUACCUGCGUUUGGAAUUCCAUUCUCGCGCGAGAGCAACUCGCGGUUCAUAUGUGGGAGCGAUUCCAUCUGAGAAGGCUGCUUCCAAAACAGAGUCACAACAAAGCCUGGUGGAGCAAGAAUUAUAGACCAAACCCGACCCUCUCUCUGGUGCCCCAGUAUAUCCAUGGUUAGUGUUAAUCUCACGAUCAUCAUGCGUAUAAACAACGAACCUCACGAAUUUGAAUAAUUUCUAAUUAAAAGUGCCAACGGGAGUUAAUGUGAAGUGAUCUUUGUUAUUUUCUGCCACGACCGUGCGAAUCCAUAGUACAAAAUUAUUAUCUAAUUCUCACAUUGAGUUCUGGGGCGACGACGGGCGUGAAUCAUGGAUCAAUUCACUAUCGAGCGCGGUCUCGCAAUCUUGUAUCCCCUUAUCAUCGCGCUUUCGUUUAUUUGUUGUGUUACUUCGGCGGUGGCGUGGACACAUUGGAAGUAUGUUUUGGACACCUGUAUCGAGACGAACUGCGGGUGUUACCUGUUCGGGUUGUCGACCAGAACCUACUUCACCGGAGGACAUGUUGCUUAUUGCCAUUUCGCCGUUUAUGGACUGGUGUUUCCGGUGAUAUUUGCCAUCAUAUUUGGAUGUUUCCAUGUCUUCCGGGUGUGCAUGGGAAGCGGAAAGAGGAAGACCGGAACAGCAACUGUAAAGCAAAGGUCAGGUGAAAUGAUCGUGAUCACCACCCAGAGCGAAGUCCAAGACAACGAUGUCUCCCCCUACUAUUGGAUCCCAUCAAGCGUCAUCUCUGCAAUAAUGUCCUUAUACACUCUAAUCUACGCUGCCAUUUAUACCGCCGGUUUUAACCAAAGCUGCAAUCAGUAUCGAAUUGAACUGAUCAAAUAUAUACAAGCUACAGGAAACUUAGUGGGUGCCAUCCAGGGAAGAAUAUCUUGCGCGGCUGUAUUUGAUUUUAUGGAUUUCCUACAUGCUGACGUUGCUAUGGAUCGAAGAAGAUACGAUAGGAUAAAUAGUCCUGCUUGCUAUUAUAUGGCAUUGAUUUCAGGAUGGUUUGCAGUAUUUCUGUGGAUUGCUACAGUUUGGAUUAACAUAAUGGGGGCGAGGCUUAGUCGAGCGGUCCGUGUUUAAGUUUAGUCAUUUCAGCACAAGAUGGAAUUAAUGUGACAUAAACGAUAGAUUUAGUUCCAGUAACAUAGUCUAAUUGAAGUAUGAAGCUCUUACCAUUUGUGAAUUCACAUAUAUCAUUUUUGAUAUUUGACAUUAUUUUAUAUUUUUACAAAUAAAUUUAGUUCACAAAUUAA